CAGACAGUGGCGCGAAAAGCUGUUUCCAUUCCACCAGCACCAGUAGUGUUGCUGCUGGCAUUGGCGUUGACGAGGCUCGUGAGACACAGCAGUCGUCGAGACGACCACUUAACGGCAGCAGCAGCUCGACGGCGACAGCGGUGGUGGUGCGCGUCAUUCCGCGAUCCCCUAAUAGUGUCUUCUUCGACCGAGGGAACCGAGCGAUUGAGUGAAUUGUGGAAGAAAGGGGAAAAGGUUACGCGCUUCGUGGUUUAUUGGGUCCUAGUGCAACUCUGUGUGUGGUUCCCGAAUUAGUUAUCAAGCGUUAACGCAUUAUGUGUGCCAUGUUAUCCUCUAGCCGGUCCAGCGUAACUCUGCUGAUCUUGGCGUUCGCACUGGCCAGCUGUGUCUUUGCGGCGAAUGACGGUGAUUCCUGUCAGUACGGUAAUGAACCCGGCAUCUGCCGGGGGUACAGUGUCUGCCGUCCGCUGCUCGAGGUGUCCCGUGUGGUGAAGAUCUGUGGCUACACCCCGCAACAGGCGAUCGUGUGCUGCCCGGUGGACUACGAGCAGCGACUGGCGCAGCUAAACAACGUCCACCAGCGGCUCAGCGAGAGAAAAUGUGCCGAGUAUGGGCGUUCGGCCGGUGGUAAUGUGUUGCUGGGGACGCUCGCUGUCGGAUCGUCCGUGGUGAAGCACAAGGAGCGCAACCGGUGCCCAACGGACACGAAUCUCAUCGUCGGUGGCACGGAAGCGCGGCUCGGUGAGUUUCCGCAUCUGGUGCGGUUGGCCAUGCCGAACGACAACGGCCAGUUUGCCUUCCAGUGCGGAGGUACGCUGAUCAGCGAAUCCUGGGUCCUAACGGCGGCUCACUGCGUCGUGACGCGCAACAUCGUCGUGCGGUUGGGUGAGGUGAAGGAGAACCAUCCGGACUACCCGGAACCGCUGGAUGUCCGUGUGACGGAGUACAAGCGCCAUCCGGAGUACAAGCCGCGCCUUAGCUAUCACGAUAUUGCGCUGCUGAAGCUGGAACAACCGGUGACCUUCUCGCGCAUCAUUCGACCCGCCUGUCUCUACUCCUCGCCCAACAUUGACCGGACAAAGGGCGUCGCCAUCGGAUUUGGAGCAGUCGAAACUGGCGGCACCGGCACAAAGGAGCUACUGAAGGUGUCACUGGACCUGUUCGAAACGACUGCCUGCAAUGUGUACUUCCGCAACACCCGCCGUGUACCGCAGGGUUUGACGGAGGGACAACUUUGCGCUGGCGCCCUGGCGGGUGGAAAGGACACCUGUACCGGGGACUCUGGCGGACCGCUGCAAAUCUUCGCCGAGGAUGCAUCCUGCUCGGCUUACAUCAUCGGCAUCACCUCAUUCGGGAACGUAUGCGGCUCCUCGUCACCGGGGGUGUACACGCGCGUUUCGUCCUACAUCGACUGGAUCGAGAGUGUCGUGUGGCCGGGAAACUGAUGCCCGCGAACUGUGACUCCUGCUACUGCUGCUGCUGCUGCUGCUACCUUUCACGUCAUACGAGAAUGUACAGCACAUCACGAAAAAGAACCUCAACAGCAUUUACUAACAAGCAAACGAUAGUUGAAUAUAAGCAACGACGAUUUGACGAUUACCACCAGAUACCCGAGAUCGGCGUGCUGCUACUUUGCUCCGAAACAUGAUACGGUAGUGUAUUCACAACACUGCUCCGUUCGGUUCAACGCGAGGGCGAUGCGGCGAACCAUUACGAAAGCUAUAGAGCUUCGAUCCGAUAAGGUAUAGAGCCCGCGAAUCAUUAUGCACACAUUGGAUUAGCUCGGAACCGGUUUCCGUUUUGGGGUUCACUCGGAAGUGACUC